ACAGCAGACUAGCAGAGAGGAGUGGAAGACAUGCCAUCGGACACCAGCGAGCACCGGCGAGAAGACAAACCACCGCACAUGGGAGCUCCACCUCCGUCAGAUCAUGAAAACUUUCGUUGCCCACGCUGCGACUCUGAAAACACCAAGUUCUGUUACUACAACAACUACAACCUCUCUCAGCCCCGCCACUUCUGCAAGUCCUGCCGACGUUACUGGACUCAAGGCGGCACCCUCCGUAACAUCCCUGUCGGUGGAGGUACCCGUAAGAACGGCAAACGCUCCCGCAACACUUCCACUUCCUCUUCUUCCUCCUCUACCUCUUCCUCUUCCUCUCAAGAUCCUAUCUCCACUAUCCCUGUUUCUGUCUCUCUCCCUGGCUCUGCCGACCAUCCCGACUUGUCUUUCCCCUUGUGCGGCGACCUCAAUCUUGAACCUAACGUCUCUGGAACUGGAACUUUCACGUCCUUGCUUAACUCUCAGGGCUCGGGAUUGCUCACAAUGGGAGGGUUCAGCCUUGGCCUAGGCUCUGGGUUCGAUGACCUCGGGUGUGGCCUUGGCCGAGGCGUUUGGCCUUUCACUGAUGUUGGUGAAGCAGGAACCAUGGGCAGUGGCGGUGGUGGUGGAAACGCAUGGCAACUUGGGAGCGGUGGUGAAGCAGUUUUCGCCGACGGAGAUUGCUUUUCUUGGCCGGAACUUGCCAUUUCCACACCUGGACAAGGUCUGAAGUGAUCCCUCCUCCACUAUUUUAUCUGUCUUCUGGGUGGGUUUGGUUGGGGCUUUUCGAUCUCGGGAGAUGACAGUGUCGGUGCAUAUGUUUCAGGUUAAGGUUUUCCCUUUUUUCUGGGUCUCUGGUUCGUUGGGUAUAGAUAUAGGCUAUAACAAUUGGGAAAUCAGAAAUUGAGUGUAUGUAAUAGGAUUUCUUUUUCCUGUUUGUUUUUUUAGCCCUUUCUUCUGGGUUUAUGAUUGUAGUUUACAAGAAGAUGAUAUCAAUAGGUUUGAUGGUUUUAAUCAUUUUUUGCUCCAAGGAUUCUCUAAAAUGUUUGGGUUUUGAUCGAACAAAUAGAAAACCUGUUUCUUU